AAACAUAAAAUAACCGGAACCGACAACUACCCCUUGGACAACAGAGAGGGGUGAAACUUUUCUCGCGCGAAAACAAGAUGCGGAUGUGCGCGUGUCAGCCAUGGAUGUACCAGCCAACUGAUCUCAUGUGCCCGGACGUCAUCUGCGUCCCUCCCUCUCCGCUAUCCUCUCACUCCUCCCUCUGUCUGCUCCUCUCACUCCGCUCUCCUGUGCCGGCCCGUCCUCCACCCCUGCCCGGCCCAACACCCGCACCGACCCCGCAGACUCCCUGGACCACACGAGAGGGGCACCGCUCUCUGGGAGAAGACCCAAAGAGGGAACAAGACAAGAGUGUUUGGUGGGGUGGGGGAGACAUUGGGGGUCGCAUUGCAGUCAUCUCAAACAUUCUCCCAUCUCUGGACACUUUUUCUUUUUGUGGUCUGCACCCCCCCCACCAGUGUCGUUAUGACGAGGAGAAACAAACUUCGUACGCCGUGGAGAGGUGUAGAAGUCUGAGCGGAUGCUAGACGUGUAUCCGCACGGCUGGGCACGCGACGGGACCGUUAGGUUGCGUUGUUUUCGCUGGUUUAGCGUAAGCUCGGUGGCUCGGUGGGACCCGGACGACUUUGUGGAAAAAUACAAACAUAUUUUUCUGAAUCACAAACAGUGAAUCGAAGCUUGGCCACGAGGACAAAACACCAAAGAUGCUGUUUGGGCUGAGCGAGUGGUUCUGGCAGGAGCGGCUGUGGUUCCCAAAGGGCCUGGGCUGGGCCGACCUGGAGGAUCGGGAUGGACGAGUAUACGCCAAAGCCCAGGACCUGUGGGUGGCGCUGCCCAUCGCCCUUAUAUUCCUCAUUAUCCGUCAGAUCUUUGAAAGGACAGUGGCUACACCCCUGGCUUCUCUGCUCGGGGUUAAAGAGACAGUGCGACUCAGAGUCCCUCAAAACCCAACACUGGAUUUUUACUUCUGUAACAUUUCCAAAACCCCCACACAGACUUCAAUAGCAAGUCUUUGCAAGCAGACCGGCUUUUCGGAAAGACAAGUGCAGCGAUGGUUCAGGAGACGAAGGAACCAGGAGAGACCGAGUUUGCUCAAAAAGUUUCGAGAGGCCAGUUGGAGAUUUACCUUUUACCUUCUUGCUUUCAUUGCUGGCCUGGCCGCCCUCAUCGAUAAACCUUGGCUGUAUGACCUGAAGGAGAUGUGGCAAGGUUUCCCUGUGCUGACUCUCCUGCCAUCUCAGUAUUGGUACUAUAUGAUUGAGCUGGGUUUCUACAGCUCUCUGCUCUUCAGUGUGGCUUCUGAUGUCAAACGCAAAGACUUUAAGGAGCAGAUUGUCCACCAUGUGGCGACCAUCCUCCUCAUUAGCUUCUCCUGGUGUGUUAACUACAUCCGUGCUGGAACUCUCAUCAUGCUGGUUCACGACUCCUCCGAUUACCUACUAGAGUCUGCAAAGAUGUUCAACUAUGCCGGGUGGCGAAAUGCCUGUAACUACAUCUUCAUCGUAUUUGCUGCAUUCUUCAUUAUCACUCGGCUGAUCAUCUUCCCCUUCUGGAUUGUUUACUGUACUUGGGUUUACCCAGUGACCAUCUAUGAACCCUUCUUUGGCUACUAUUUCUUCAACGGACUUUUGAUGACUCUGCAGUGUCUUCAUAUCUUUUGGGCUUUCCUCAUUAUACGCAUAGCAAUCCGCUUCCUCACCCACAAUGAAAAAGUGGACGAUGAAAGGAGUGACAAAGAUGAAACAGAUGAAUCAGAAGAGGGGGAGGAAGAGGAGGAUAAAAAGGACAUGAAGAAAAAUGGGCCGGUGCAGAACGGUCACACGGUCCACAACAACAACCACAGCAAGACAGAGUGAAAGCAAACAAGUGUCAGGACGAACAAAUGUGAGAAGGACUCGUAUCCCUCGGUAGGGGAGCAGGAGGGAGGGUUGAAAAGAGAGAGAAAAAAGAAAGGAUCAUGGGUUAGGGAGGGGGAAAGUAAUUCCCCUUAAACCAAGAACAGCAGGUAUCCUGAGGACAUUUGACACUGUUACUUUUGCACAACACAGAAACACACUCGCACGCGUUCAUUCGUACUUUUAGCGGGCACAGAGAUCCUGCCGAUGAUGCACACUACAUUAAGUGGCAUGGCUUUUUAGCUUUGUCAGUAGAGAAAAAUGUGUCGUUGUCAGUAUGUGAUGUCAGUCCAAAAACUUCAAAGAGACAGGGGAGAAAAUGGACAGAAGGGGGGUUGAUGGUGCUUCUUCUUAGCUUUCCUUGUUCUGUGUGCCUUAGAGCCAGCUAAUGGCCGUUAAAAAGCCAUUUUUAAAAAGAAAGCUUUCUGCUUUAAUCUUGUGUUGCUUUAUUUCGUCAAAUCUUAUUUGUAUUCUAAUAGAAGAACAAAAGAGAGUGAAAUUGAGUGUAAGAAAGUGAGACAAUAGGGUAUUUAAUUCCCUAAUUUUCUGUCUAUGCAAUUACAUAAGUUUUCAGCUAUUGCAAUGUCUUUGCACAAACAUACAGUGUCCCUUGUAUACUGUAAUAUCGUGCAGUAGGACUGUGUGCCUCUGCUCUCCAAUGCGGCCUGUGCCAUUCAUAAAUUACACUGCUUUUUGAGGUUUAAGGAGUAAAUUUGGUGUCAGUUUUGUCUAUAAACAAAAAGAACAUCUUGCUUUCUUGUUUUAAUUGAUGUUCUUCUCUAUUCUAUUCUAUUAUGUUCUAUUCUUAAGCCAGCAUAGCUCAUUAUAUAAAAUUACUUCUUCAGAAAGAGAUGUCUGACCUGCAAAGGAUCAAAUGCAUCAUUCUCAGUUCUUUGCUGUCUGAGCAGUCAGAAAUACCCAGAAAAUGAGUGCUUAGCACAAACACUGCAAUAUUAAAUCACAGCUUCCUGCUAGUUUUUGUCGGAGCUGAAUGUUUUUCCUCUCUGGUUUAUCCGACGCUGUUUGAUCCAGUUGAGUCGUGAAUCACGCUGAUGCUGCCACCAGCUGUAAACCGAUGACUCUCAAUAAAAUCAUUGCCAAGGUGGGUGGCUCGAUUGGAAUGGGACAGAAUAACCAUUUCCAGAUUUUAGAAAAAAAGGGGCCAGAUUACUUCAAUUCACUGCCUUGUAGCCUGGGUUAUUUGUUAACCUGGGUUAGAAUUUUAAAUGUAGAUCUAAGCAAAUGAUUUUAGGUAUGAUUGUGUUUAUGAAACUGGUUUUACAGGUUUUGUCAUUUGAUGUCGAGGAGGUAAAAGAUAUUGAAAUCAUUUUCUAGCAGUUUAGUGUUUGAGACUUAAUCAAGCAAUGAAUGUUGUUUUGUUUUUAUGCUUUAAAGUUGUUUGUAUGUUAAGUGCCUUAUCUGUAAUGUAUGGGAAGCUCUCUCCUGUCUUCAUGGCCGCUUGUUUUCUUUCCUGUCUCCACCUCAAAUCACAGAUCCAACUUUAAGACUAGUAUAUCCUCCCUCCACUGUCUCAUCCAUCACUCACUCCGCUUCCUUACUUACCUUCAUUACCUUCCUUUCAAACUCACCCUCAUUCCACCACCACGUUGUAUUUUACUAACCCAGACCAACCAGCAACCUCUCUACCCUGGGGAUACAGAAGAAACAGCUGUGUCCUAAUUACAGUGUUAUUUUUUUUUCUUAUUUUGUUUUAUUUUUUUGUCUAAUGAUGUCCAAGUAUUGUUAUUAAUAAUAAAAGCAAAGAUCAUGAA